GCAGUCGGCAGUGUCAGUUUCAAACAAAUGUUAAUAAUUUAUAAUCUGUAGUCAAUUUAAAUUUCACCAAGCCUUGAACUGUUAACGAAUUUCAAUUUCUAUGCAGAAUUCUGGUUCUUAUAGCUUCUGCCAGUCACUGUUAACCUCUUCCUCUUACUUGCCAAAUGCAGUCACAAUAGUAAAUAGAAUUUAUAAAAUGUCGCAGCAUUUCUUGGAUGCCAGCAGUAUCAAAAAGGAAGUCAAGGAUUUCGAUUUAUACGCAAAGCCGCCGAAACUUGAACAUGCAGGAGAGACGCAAACGCCGGCCCAGGAAGACACCAAAGUAGAUUUGGCGAAACUGACAAAACAGGAGAAGCAACGCAUCAAAGCAGCCAUUACCAAUGGACGGUCCGGUGCGGCGGCUAAGGCACAGCCGAAGCAAAAGCGUUCUCAGUCAGCCGAACUCAAAGCGACAAGGAAAGCAAAGAAGAAAGCUAGGAAGAAAGCUGAGAAGAAAGCAGAGAGGAAAGCAAAGGCUAAAGCAGAGGCAAAGGAAGCUAAGAAGCCGCCGUCAACGAGAUGCUGCAGUCAAAUCAAACUGGCCUUCAUAGCGACCAACAGAUCGCCUCCACUCACGGCCGAGCACAUGGCCAGGCUGCAGCAGGUGAUACUGGAGGUGACCGUCAGCCACAGAACGCCGAAUGUGUUCCCACAAUUCGAGGACUGUGCGCCGCAGUCCGAGUGGCUGCUGCUCGUCUGCGCCAACCGAAUGACGGCCGACUGGGUGCGGCACAAUUUCGCUCAUAUACGGAACGAGAGCGGAUUGAACAUAGAGCUGCUGGAGGAAAGGCACAUUCCAAGAAAUCUGAUCGAUGGCUACUUUCCAAAUAGUGCGCAGCUGCCAGACGACAAAGUGCUGGCAUUAAUAAACGCACAAAAUCCCAUUAAAACCAGACAGUGGAGAAUAAUGCGCAGAGCUGUCAAUGAUCAUAUUCUGCACCUGUCCAUGGCCAUAGAUGACGAUUCCAUGCGCAAGCUUGGCGCCUGCGGCGGCUACAUAUCCUACUGCUUUGGCAGCAUAUGCCUGAAUCUCAACUUCAACAGAUUUCCAAUUGAUCAAGCCUGCGGCUCAGCGCAACAAUUUAAUUCAGCUAACUCGACUGAUCAGAUGCCCGGCAACGAUUGGAACUCGAUUUUGACACAGCUGGAUUCAGUUCUUGAUGGCGUCGAGGAGAUGCAUGCUCCCAUUGGAAACAACUGGAAUAAUCCUUUUAACCAGGCACAGUAGCCCACAACAGAAAACUUAUUUGGCUUGAUCUAAUUCUGCUUCUUAUAGCUGCUGCCAGUCACUGCAAAGUUCUUCCUCUUGCUAGCCAAAUGCGAUCACAAUAGCGCAUAAAAGUAUAAAGAGCCGGCAGCAAUGACGUAGUUUGCGAUGUGCA